AUGAACGCUGCACGUCAGCUCGCAGGGCUCCCCGGGUUCACGACCACCCACACAACAGGGUUGUGGCCUUCAACAGAAACAAACAAAGAGGCUUGGAGGCCUGUCUGUAGAGCUUUGUUGCCUGAGAUACCGUGGAAGACUGAAACCGAGCAAGCAGCCGAAGAGGCCUUUGCAGGUGGCACGUAUGCCUUCCUGGCCUUGAGUUCGACUGACCCAGACUGCUCAACAAUUGUAGACCGUUGGACAGCCGCUUUCAAGAACUUCACGACAAUUCCUCCUCCAAAGUCUAAGGGGAAUGACGCAUACGAAAAUUAUGACAACGUUUCUUUUGUAGCGUUGUACAACCCCUCACAGAACGCCACCGCAGACUGCCGAAUUGUCACCUGCACUCAAACGAAGAGCUCCGAUGUAGAUGCUGAGAGGGCGAAUGAAACGCACGCGGAGGCAAAGACACGCCAUGCGGUGCUAUGCAUGACAGCGCCAGAUGCCUUUGGCGAUGGGGCAUCUGUUCCCUUUACGGAAGUGCAGUGGAGAGUGAUCACAGCGUCUCUCACAAAUUUUGCCUCUGCAGUUAUCCCGGGGGUUACUGCCUUGGCUGCUGCAGCCCUCAGUUGCGCGGCAUUUUAA